AUGUUCCCAACCAGCUGCUUCCAGCGGUUGCGGCCGUCCACCAUCCCGUGGACGAACUUGGCUCGUUCCAGAUUCAUCAAACAGCAUGCACUGACCUUGUCUCGUCGACAGAGCUCGAGCGUGCCCUUUAAGAGUCCACGUUCCUGGUCCCCAAUUAUCAUUGGCUCUAUCGCUAGCGGGCUUAUCGGAUAUUCCCUCAGCGCGUUUGGGAAGCCUUCUCUAAAUUCCGAGGCUCUGGAGGAGACAGAACCAAAGUAUGGCACUCCAAAGGAUUUUGAACAGGCCAUCAAGGAACUUCGGGCUUUGUUUAAUUCAGACGAUGUUGUCUCAACUGAUCCAGAAGACCUUCGUAUUCACGGAUAUUCGGAGAAUGAUUACCACCCAAGUGUACCGCAUACUGUCAUCGUAUACCCAAGGAACACAGAAGAUGUAGUCAAAAUUGUCAAGACUGCCGUCAAGUACCGUAUGCCCAUCACCCCUUUCUCUGGUGGUACCUGCUUAGAGGGGAGCUAUCGUAGCACCCCUGUCGGUGGCAUUUGUGUUGAUAUGUCCGGCAUGAAUAAGAUUAUCGAAAUUCAUGAGGCGGACUCCGACCUCGUUUGUCAGCCCGGUGUCGGAUGGAUGGAAAUUAAUGAGACUUUGCAGAAGAAAGGCAUACCAUUAUUCUUUCCCUUGGAUCCCGGCCCGGGCGCAACUAUCGGUGGCAUGAUGAGCACUGGUUGCUCAGGCACGAAUGCCGUUCGGUAUGGUACUGCGAAAGGCGAAUGGUUCUUGAAUGCGACGGUUGUUCUUCCUUCUGGGGAAGUCAUCAAAACUCGCCAACGUGCUCGGAAAUCUGCAGCUGGGUUCGAUACUACGAAGUUGUUCAUCGGUGCCGAGGGCACUCUUGGUAUCAUCACGGAAGUCACUAUCCGCUUAGCUCCUGUCCUCCCAACAUCGGUCGCCGUCGUACACUUCCCUGAUGUGAAGCGCGCAACGGAGGCCGUCACUGACGUGAUGAACCGCGGCGUUGGCAUCCAAUGCGUUGAACUCUGCGACUCUGAGUUCAUGCGUUCUAUAAAUUUGUUUGGUGCAUCUCAGCGCAAAUACCCUGAACAGGACUCCCUGUUCUUCAAAUUCCAAGGUCCAACCUCUGCUUCCAUCGCAGAGACCGCUAAGAUCGUAAAGGAAAUUGUGCAGAAGUACGGCGGCACUGGGUUUGAAUUGGCGCGCUCUGAGCAGGAAGCGCGUGACCUAUGGGAAGACAGGAAAAAUGCUCUUUUUUCUGGUUUGGCCCUCCUGGAAGGGAGUCGGGGAUGGAGCACUGAUGUUUGCGUGCCAGUUUCGAAACUACCGCAGCUUGUGUAUGAAACCAAGAAAGACUUGCAACAAUCAGGCCUUGUAUCAAUAGUUAUAGGUCAUGUCGGUGACGGCAAUUUCCACACCCUGCUUCUUUUCCGUAAUGACAAGGAGCUCGAAGGUGUUCGCGAAGCUGUGCAUAGGAUGGUGGAGCGUGCGAUAAACCUUGAAGGCACUUGCACUGGCGAACACGGUGUUGGGAUUGGGAAGCGAGAAUAUCUGUACAAAGAACUCGGUGAGGGAACGGUGGAGUUAAUGCGAUCCGUGAAGAAGACCUUGGAUCCGCUGGGUUUGUUCAACCCCGGAAGGUGA